GUCUGAACUGAGAGCUAGCUCCGUCGCCGGGCCGGGAAGGGUGCCGCGGCCGUGUGAUGCUGCGACCGCGGCCGUAUGGUGCUGCGAUUGCCGGCGCGGUGGCCGCUGAUAGCGUCCCGCUGAUAUCAGCGGCGAUAGCACCCUCGCAGCCCUCUCUGAUAGACGCUCUGAAUCCGUUCGUCAGCGGAGUAUCUUAUCAGCGGCGCCGUCCCGGCCACAGUCUCCCCUCAGUAGCGCCGUCCCGGCCACAGUCUCCCCUCAGCGGCGGUGUGCGCGGGCUCCUUGUCGCGUGCCGAAGGGGGCAGCGCUGGAAAUCCUGACAGUUUAGAGUGGCGGGUUUCUGCGUGUGAUAGAGCUGCUGACAUUGAACUCGGUGACCGGCCGGCUGGCAGUCCAGGCGCCGUGAGGCUGCCGACUUGUGAAACAGCCCGUACCGAUUUUCUCCUGUUUUGAAUGUUAGGGCUGAGAAACUGAAGGUGGUCUUUUCGAGUCAGCGGGGGCUGCUCGUGCACCAGAAGAAUCACCAGCACCAAUUAGGCACACCACAGUGAGGGCGAUCAGUGUUAACUAGGAGCAGUUGGUGCGACAGGUCACCAGUCCGGAGGCCCGUCGAAACCAGCGGCAGCGCAGCAGUGCAGCGAAUCUGAACACCAGAUCACCACCAGGGCGUCUCCGGAGCUCUGAAUUCACCGACCCGUGACGUCACUGGGGACGGCUCGCCGGGAGGGAGAUGACGUCACUGGGGACGGCUCGUCUUCUGCUGGCGCUGUUGGCGCUGGUCGGCGGCCGAUCAGACACAGCGGCGUCGGCGUGCGUGGACGACUGGGAUGGACGGUGGAACAACCUCUUCGAAAACACCAACGACUCGCAUAACAUCGGCUCAGCGUCGUCCGCCACCAGUGUUUCCCUGUCGGGUGAGGAGACGACCGAUCUGCUCGACAUAUCCGAGUACUUUACCGUGUCCCUGAACAGCAGCGGCGGCAUCAACCUCACCCCGAAACCGAGCCUGGUCGGCGUCAAGGACUACCCGACAAACAUGAGGGAGAUUGGCCCAGGAACGGUGACGGUCAACUGCACCGGAACAUCGGAGGAGCAGACUGUGACGGUGACGGUGAGGGACGCCAACACGGCCCCUCCUCAGUUCUCCAGCAGCUCCUACUUGGUGGCAGUGUCGGAGAACUACCCCACCCAACUGGCCAUCUUCGCACUCAACAUCAGCGCUACAGAUUACGACGGUGACCCCACCAACAAUGCGGUGACGUUUUCUCUGGAGGACGGGACCGGCACGUUCAGCCUCACACAAGCUGAGCAGACGUCCACACAGCCGGCCACCUACCUCACCCGGCUGGUGUUGAACAGGACACUGGACUGGAGCCGGCAGAACGAGUACCAUCUCACCGUAACGGCACAGGACCGGGGUGGUCUGAAAUCCACCAGUGACGUCAUUAUAAACGUAACUGACGUGGACAACAUGCCUCCGGAGUUCGGCUACACCGGUUACACUGCAGAGGCGCUCGAUCGCAAGGCGCUGGGUCCGCUGGCGGUGAAGCCGGAGGCCAUUUCGGCCACGGAUCCGGACAACGGCGGGCCGCUGAAGUACACGCUCCUCGACCUACCGUCAGCCAACUGGGCCCGGUACUUUGCUCUGGACGCAGACAGUGCAGCCCUCUCCUUGGUGAAGGAAAUUCCCGAUGACGUCACCACGCCGUCUGAAAUAUCCCUAAUUGUAGAGAGCCAGGAGACGGACGGUGAGCUGUUUGUGUCGCGCGCAGUGCUGGUGGUGCACCUCACCCCGCAGGAAGGUAACGUAGCCCAGACUGCUGCAGCCGGAGCCGCCAGCUGGCGCCCCGCGGACACGGGGAAGGGGCACCUCACCCCGCAGGAAGGUAACGUAGCCCCGACUACUGCAGCCGGAGCCGCCAGCUGGCGCCCCGCGGACACGGGGAAGGGGCACCUCACACCGCAGGAAGGUAACGUAGCCCAGACUGCUGCAGCCGGAGCCGUCAGCUGGCGCCCCGCGGACACGGGGAAGGGGCACCUCACCCCGCAGGAAGGUAACGUAGCCCCGACUGCUGCAGCCGGAGCCGCCAGCUGGCGCCCCGCGGACACCGGAAAGGGGCACCUCACCCCGCAGGAAGGUAACGUAGCCCCGACUGCUGCAGCCGGAGCCGCCAGCUGGCGCACCGCUGACACGGGGAAGGGGCACCGAACACCGGCUGACUGAUCAGCGCUCGUCUACAGGCGCUGGGGACGAACCUCGUAUACUUAGUACUUAGUGCCUAGUACUUAGUACAUAGUACUUAGUACUUAGUACCUUUAACGACACGCAGUGAAUGAGUGAGCGAGUGAGUGAGUGAGUGUGUGAGAGAGAGAGAGAGAGAGAGAGAGAGAGAGAGAGA